AUGGCAUAUCAGGGGGAUCGGGGAAUGAUUCAGCAAUGUCGAUGCGUCAGCAAAGAGAAAAAGUCAAUAAGACGUGACAUAGGAAAGGUGAAGGUGAACCCUGUAGGCCCCCACUGCAGUGAUAUAGAGAUAAUUGCCACUUUUUAGAAGGAUGGAGACCAGAUCUACCCCAAUGCUCCUUGGUUCAAAAAAGUGCUCAAGAGGAAACCAAUGUACGUUUAGCAUUACUGUAUUUUUGUGAAUGUGAUGUAAAAGCAACAGCAAAUAUAAUAUUGAAAUUCUCCAUGUCAAGGUGUAAGAUUUGAAAGAGAUAGGCUUGCACAGU